AUGUUGAAAUGGGUUCAAUCUGGCCUUUCGGCCGUGGCCGGCACUGCCGAGCCUGAGUACGGAAGAGAAGCCAUCCACACCAUCACCGACUCUAUCGUCAAUGGUAAUGGUGACGUUGCUGUCUCUAGAGAUACUACCAUCAAGGACUUCAACUGGUUGUGUCUAGACUACACCAACGUCGAGACCCAGACGUUCUACUUCACCGACUUGGUCAACAAGUACGCAGGCUUUGCGCAGAUCAUCCAUUCAAACCUUAUGGGCGUUCACACUACAGCACAGUUCACUUUCCGUUUGUUUCACCACGACGAAGACAAGGCUGAAGACAACAUCUGGACUUCAACCAAGUUGGAAAACUUUCGCACCGAUGGCUCAAACUUCUACGCUGACAAAGUGUCGUUUGAACUCAACGACGACAAUACCACUUACACCUUGAAGUCGCACGUAACCGAAGAGGCGCUUGUAGAAUUAACUGUGACACGGUUGACUCCCGGUGUCAUCUUUGGUAAAGACGGAACCACUUACUACGGUGAUGACGUAGCAAACCCCUGGGGUUCGAUGAGACACUUGUUCUGGCCAAGAUGUACCGUUAACGGCACAGUCAAGACUCCAACCCAGACGUUUGAAAUUUCUGGCUACACCAUGUUUGUCAUGGCUCUUCAGGGCAUGAAGCCUCACCACGCUGCCAAGGCCUGGAACUUCAUGAACUUCCACUCGAAAACCUACUCAGCUGUCCAAAUGGAAUUCACUACGCCUAUUUCGUACGCCAACACCAAAGUCAACGUCGGCAUCAUCUCUAAGGAUGGUGAAAUCGUCCUUGCCACCAUUAACAACGUAGUACUCCACCAAGACCCCAAGGAGGAUCCUGGUGUGGGCUGGCACGUGCCUACAGCCAUUACCUUCAAGUACAUCAAGGACAAGAAGGAAGAAGUGGCCAAGGACGACGACGUUGUCGUAGGUUCUGUUUCCGGUCCUUUGACCACUUUGGUGGAGAGGGUCGAUGUCAUGGCAGAGAUUCCGCAAUUGGUCAAAAACAUCGUCUCUGGUGUUGUUGGAACCAAGCCGUACAUCUACCAGUACUGCAACGAAUUUGACAUCGAAGUGGGCCAGGACAAGGAAAAGGGUCUUGGAUUCACAGAAGUCACAUUCAUUUCUGAAUAG